UAAUCUAUUCUUUGUUGUUUUAAUUUAAUUUGGUAGGGUAAACGCAUGUUACUUACUUUCCAAAAACACUCUCUUCUAAAUCACUUGUCAAAUUGUUUAUGGUAAAUCUGGUAUUUUGAUUAUUCCUUCCUCAUUUGUAAUUACACCAAAAAAGGGGCAUCCUGCAUAUCUUGUUUCAGCUCUACUUGUUGAAGGCUGCAGGGUUUUCGGGUUAAGGUUGGUGAAUUUCGUGGAGGAUUAAUUUGCAUGGUACUGCACUUCCUGUAUACAAAGAAGUGAAAUCAAAUUGAAGCAAGAGGGAGAGUGUUCACAUCUGUAGAAAGUAGCUGAGAAGAUAUCACAGGGCACCGUUUUGCCCAGGUACUUAACUACAGUGAUUGGUUGACUUUCAAACAACAAGAUUUAUCAGUCAGUUCAGUAUUAUUGGGGUAGAUGCAAGCUUGAUAGUAAUGUCUGUACUCAUUGAAGGGCUUCCUGAUGCUGUUGCUCUCAGGUGUCUUGCACGGGUUCCAUUUUAUCUUCAUCCCAAGUUAGAACUUGUUUCCCAUUCCUGGCAAGCUGCUAUUCGAAGUGGUGAACUAUUUAAGGCAAGACGGGAGGUCAAUUCAUCUGAAGAAUUUUUAUGUGUCUGCGCCUUUGAUCCUGAUAAUUUAUGGCAGCUUUAUGAUCCUAUGCGUGAUCUUUGGAUUACUCUCCCUGUUCUUCCGUCAAACAUCAGACAUCUUGCACACUUCGGUGUGGUAUCUACUGCAGGAAAACUCUUUGUUCUUGGUGGUGGUAGUGAUGCUGUGGAUCCAUUGACUGGUGACCAAGAUGGAAGUUUUGCCACGGAUGAGGUCUGGUCAUAUGACCCAGUAACCCGAGAAUGGAGUCUGUGUGCGUCUAUGAUUGUGCCUCGAGCCAUGUUCUCUUGUUGUGUGUUUGAUGGGAAGAUAGUUGUUGCAGGGGGUUUCACUAACUGCAGAAAAUCAAUAUGUAAAGCAGAAAUCUAUGAUCCCGAGAAGAAUGUUUGGGAUCCGAUCCCUGAUCUUCAUCACACACACAACUCUGCCUGCUCAGGAGUGGUUAUUGGUGGUAAAGUUCAUGUAUUGCACAAAGGUUUGUCAACUGUUCAGGUUUUGGAAAAUGUGAAGCAGGGUUGGACUGUGCAUGAGUACGGUUGGCUCCAAGGUCCCAUGGCUGUUGUUAGGGGAGAGCUUUAUGUAUUGAGUCAUUGGCUCAUAUACAGGCAGGAAAGAGAAACAAGAAAGAUGGUAGUUUCAGCAUCCGAGUUCCGUAGAAGAAUUGGGUUUGCAAUGAUAGGUCUGGGAGAUGAUAUCUAUAUUGUUGGAGGGGUUAUUGGACCCGAGCGCUGGAAUUGGGACAUUAAAUUGCUGUCUGAUGUUGAUGUCCUGACACUCGGAAAUGAGAGGCAAGUGUGGCGUCAAGUUGCUCCAAUGACAAGGUGUAGAGGAACGGUCCUUGGCUGCACGCUAAUGAGAAUAUAGGUCUUGUAUAACAGAUCGAAUUCCAUUGCAGUUUUCGUUGGAUAACUACUUCAAAAAGGGUUUAAGUUGUUCCUGCAGAGUGCAAGGGAUUACAUGUUCAGCUUCCUUGCAUAGUAUAUAUAACCCUUUUUGCUCAAUGCUGCUGGUUUUUUUUAGUAAACCUCUGUCCAUACCUUGAAUGUUGGCGAUUUUAACAUGAAAAAUACGCGUAUUUGCAUCAAGGAGGUGUCUUUUCUCAGAGUUUUUGUUAUCUUCUUGUGUUGUCUGUAUGGAAGAUAAAUUAGUUUGUUGUUGCCCCUGCUUGAUUCGCAGUGGCCAUGUUUGUCUAUUUUCAACAAAGUGAACCUAAAUCUUUUUGGUCUUUUUCUUUUAGUCAAAUCAAGAAAUAUCCAUGUCUUUAGGAUAAACCAAAUCAUAGUUUAGCUAGCCACAAGAUGGGCAUUUGAGAUUCUAAAGCCAUGUUAUAUAUAGUAAUUCUCAUUGUACUUGGUUAAUCUACCAAGCACUAUUCAAGAUUCCAUGGA